AUGUCGCUGCGCUGCAUGUUCAGCUCUCACACCGACGCCCUCAGCUGCCUGUUCAGCCAGCAAGUCAGCCUAGAUAGCUUGCUGCAGCCGCCACAGCUGCCCGCGGGAACAGCAGCAGUUGCCACGCUGCAGCAGCUGCCGCUGCCGCCAGCGGUGCUGGGUGGGCACGCGCUGCUGCCGUCCAUAGCGCAGGCGCUGCUCAACCUGCAGCAGCAGCCCACGCCAGCGCUGCUGCCGGAGCUUGGAGAAGCCAUGCGGCAGGUCGAGGACCCCACAAGCGGCAGCGGCGCGCUGCCAUGGCUGUGCAACACCAAGCGCACCUUCCAGCCCAGCCUCAUCAUCCGCAAGCGGCGACACGGCUUCCUGGAGCGCAUGAGCACCAAGAACGGCCGCCGCGUGCUGCGCCGCCGCCUGAUCAAGGGCCGGCACAAGCUCUCAGCAUGA